AUGCUAGAGUCCCCGUGCAUGGGGGGCAGGAAGGGCAGAGAUGGCCUGUUCCCGGCAACAUCCUGUAUUAAGAUCGCUGGAGUUUUUGAUGAUACGGGCGAGUCCAUAACGGUACGAGGGUGUGGACUUGACUCCGGGACUGCGACAACGGACACAGAAAUAAUCAGAAUGUCACACUGUGGCCGUUUUUAUUAUAACGACAGGUACGUCCACGGCUGUCUCCAAAGCUGCAAUGAUGCAGACGCCUGCAACUCCUCAACUAAAGAACUAUCUUCAGUAAUUCUUAUAAUGACGUUACUCUUCGCCGUCUUUAAGAGCUAA